AUGUCACUUCCAUUUCAGGUGGUGGAGGAGGCUAAUCAGCCCUUUCUGAAGAGCUGCCGUCACGGUGACUUGGCCCAAGUCAAGGAACAUCAGAAGGCCAAGGCUCUAGACCAAGAAAUUCUGACCUUGGGCUUGAAAGAAGCUGCCCGGGGCGAUCAUAUCGAAACUAUGCGCUAUCUACUAAAUGCAGGCGCCAAACCCCAGUCUCCCACCGUCGUGGAUGAAGUACACUCGGCUGAGGCAGUCAAGGCUUUGCUAGACAACGGUCUUACUUUUGAGACUCAGCUACACCCUCUAGGUACAGUGCCUCUUGUACACAUUGUAAAGAAGAACGACCAACGGCUCGUUCACUGGUGCCUGGAACAAGGCGCCGACCCCACCUUCGGCUGCCCGAAUGCCCAGUCAUUCAAUGACCUUGAGAAGCCUGAUCAGUCUCCUACGAAGGGCUCAGGGGCAGUCCUUGGCAUGGCAUCCCGUCGAAGUAGCCCAGAGACUGUUGACCUCCUCCUUGAUCAUGGAGCCAACAUCCACAACAGUAAUGUCCUACAUUAUGCUGCAUGUAGGAGAGGCGGACUGGCCAUUCCAAUGAUGGAGCACCUGAUACAACGUGGGGCCGACGUAAAUGAAUUCGGCUAUCCCGCAUUCCUACAUUUCGGUGGCACUCCCCUUCAUGCGGCCAGCUACCAAGGGAAUCUACUGGCCGUGAAGUGGCUCCUGAAGCAUGGUGCAAACCCCGGCGUGGAAGACGCGCAAGGUAGUAAGCCGUUUGAUCUAGCGGCUUUGGAGGAGGAAGACGAAAUAUGUGAUGUUUUCUAUGAAUGGUCGCGAUUGGACGACGCUGGCAAGGGUGAGAAUGGUAGCUCAGGCUAG